UCUCCAUUGAUUUCUUCCGAACUAUUGUUCGAUAACCUUGUCGGUGAGUAAGUCGCGUGUACUGCAGUUUUAUUCUGUGACAAAAGUCAAGAGGUGACACUAAUGUAAAUGUUUGUCAUAAUUUAAUGAUGUGCUGUUUAAGACUUUUAGAUUUAUUCCUAGUGAUUGUUCUAGCGAUUACAACUCUACUGGUUUACUCACAACCACCAAAACAACCUAUCAGUUUUCUGCUGGUUGGUAAAACAGGUAGUGGUAAGAGCACUACAGGGAAUACAAUUCUUAGGAAAAAAGUAUUCAAAACUGGAGCAAGUUUCACAUCUGUCACAAAAACUAUUGAAAGUAGUUUUUCCGCGUACCAAGGAACGAAAAUAACAGUUGUGGAUACUCCAGGAUUCAUGGAUACUCAAAUGGAAAAUCAAAUUUUGGCUGACAUUCACCUUCAAUCCAUCCAUGCAAGCCCGACAGGAUUCGAUGCUUUUUUGUACGUUGUUCCCUAUGGUGCAAGAUUUACUGAUUGGGACACAACAGUGAAAGAAAACUUUAAGGAAACUUUUGGAGAGGAUGUUAUUAAAAAAAUGUCUAUUAUUGGUGUAACAAGGGGAGACCAAUACAGCCCCGAAGAAACUAAAACAAAAGAUUUUCAAGACUGGUAUAACAAACAGAAAGGUGGAUUCAAAGAUCUGAUUGAUGAAAGUGGUGGGAGAGUUGUUUUAAUCAACAAUAAACUGACCGAUAUAGAUCAGAAUGAUCAAAUAGAGAAACUAAUUGAAAUGGUGAAAAAAAUUAAAGGCCAUUAUAACCAAAAAGACUUUGAUCAAGCUAAAGAAAGAAUUAAAAUCAGAAGAAAAGUUACAGCAGACCUUAAUGACAUUAAACAGCUUUACAAAGGUGAUAAAACAAUAGAAAUGUUAGAAGAUGUUCAGCAUAAAGUGCAUGCUCUGCUUAAUUAUGCCAACACAAAAAUCAGGCUGUACCCAACUCUGAAACCUAUAGCUCACCAAUUACAACCUCUGGCUGAAUCUGUACAACGUGAGUUAGAAAGAAAACGUAGACAAGAAGAAGAAGCUAGAAGAAGUGCAGAAAACAGAAACAGAGAAUUGUCCAGAGAAACGGCAGUCACAGCUUCUGGCCCAUCAUUUUUAGAAUUUCUUAUUGGGGCUGCUCUGUUUAUAGGUGGUUUCUUUCUUUUUUUCUAAACAAUAGUAGUACAUUAUAGUCAAAAUAAACGUAAUGAAAAAUUAUAACGUUUAGUCUUAUUAGUAUGGUGUUGCUUUUAACACUUGUAUGUAAUUGAUAUGAUCACUUCUGCAUUGUAAGCGGUGUUUUGACCACAAGUGGUUUGACCAUAGACCGUUGAACAAUAGGUAGUUUGUCUGCGGUAAGACCUAGACCGCAGGUGGUUUGUCCAUUAUUUAUUCUCACAGAUUUUAGAAGGCAGUGAUUUAUAUCUUGCCCAAAGUAUAAUAAGAAAGGUACAUAAGGUAUACUAGUCCAAAAUGGUACAGGAAAAUUCCACCAGUCUAGGCUUUUACAGGAAGGUUCAACCUGUACAAGACUCCAUGCCAGCAAUGAACAACACCGACGAUGUGCUGACACACUUAAUCCAAUGUCGUUGUAUUUCGGGCCGUGGAGACAAUUAUAUCUGUACACUAUUUUUAAUUAAAAAAUGGAAUCAAAUACAUACAACAGACGAUAGUGUAGUACGGAAGAAGAACAUUUGUGUAGGUUGUCAUCUCAGUCUAAGGUAUCACCUACACUAAAAUAAUAACUCAGCAAUAUAGGCCUACAUUUCCUUUAGCAGUCUGCAUUAUGACUUAUGUUUUAUAAAUAUUUGUACAUUUCUGCGCUGUAGUAUUCAUCAUCUUUUUGUAUUUAAUCGGUUGGCUUUAGUUUAUCUUUCCAUGUAUACCAUUU